AUGGUCAAAGAUCAUUCUAAGUGUUUCAUUCACGACAGAACACAUUUGACUGUAACGCAACUACCACUGUAUGAAUCACAACCUAGUCUUGACUACAGCAACUCAGCUAUAUCCUUGCAAACUUACCCUACUUACACUACAGUCAACAACCCGAUGGGAAAACAAAAGAGCGUCGUAUCGCAGAAGAGGGCAGGACGUCCUCGCGGCAGCACCAAAGGUGGUGGCGGUAGACGUGGUAGACCCAAAGGCAGGUCUUCGCAAUCAGCGACACCAACACCUGGGACGUCACAGAAUGGAGCAUCUCAGAAGUUGACGUUCAAAAUCAACAUGGGACUAGAUCCUCCAAAUCCGCAUUCGCGUGCAACUCUGCCGCACGAUGGCCACAGAGACCAAGAUGAUGGAUUUCCUCAGCAACUAGCACAGCCGGCGCCGGUUACGACUCGUACUGGACGGGCGAUUCAAAAGCCGCAGCAGUACAAUGCUAUACAGGGCAGCGACAUUGAUUUGUUCAUUGAUCAGAAUUCUGAGGACCAUGAAGAUGACGACAGAACGUUUCUGACAAGUGACCCACCGUACGCCUCACACAAAGCACAAGAGCACCUCCAGCAGUAUCCAAAACCAAGAGGUCCCCCGCCCAAAAAUAACACUUCGUUCGGCGCUUCUGUGGUUAAAGGAGAUGAAGAGAGCGCAGAGUCUCCGUUCCUGCAAAACCUACCAGUACCAUCUCUCACCGCAGAUCCCACCCAAUUUGUAGCCGAUGCGGACGUAUACGCCAUUCUAGACGCCCUUCGUAGCACCACAAGAACCUUUAUCGACCUUCCCAGUUUCAGCAACGCCUCCGACCCUGGUCAUGCCCAACCCUAUAGCGCCAAAGCCCUCACACAACUCUACGUCCUCUGCUACCAGGAACAGCGAUGGGAUCUCUGCGAUAUGAUAUCCGAUACUUGGAUACGCGCUUUUCAUGACAUGCGUAAAAAAGAUCAGCAGAAGCCUCAAACCCAGACAUGGCGCCCCAAUCCCGCUCUUGACCGACGUAAGCGUAAAGCACAAGAGGCCUUGGCAAAGGGUCACUAUAUUCCCUCGGAAUUCGAUGCAGACCCAAAGGAAUAUGGUCUUGUUGUCACAGAUCCGGAGCUCGAGAAAGAUGUCACAUGGAUCAACACCGAUCUUCUAAAUCUGCUUUACAAGUUCACGUCUCCAGGGUGCGGCGCAAGAUUUCUCUGGGCCGAUGCUUUGGCUUUGUUUGGUGAUAAAGCUGAAGAAGCUAUUAGAGAAAUGACGAGGGAGGGAUUCGAAUUACACCCAGACCUUCUGUUCAACAUCAUGCAGACUAGUCUACGUAUGUGUCGGAGGAACCUUACACUGAAGAUUGAAGAGAGCACGGAAGGUGCGUGGUGUAGGCGGUAUCACGAGCAUGGCAAGAAUGGACAGCGUUGUUACCGGGAGUUGGCGUCGAAGAACGGGGAAGCCGAGGAAGAUCAGGGUUUGAUGGAUCGGUUUGGGGAAGGAUUGGAAGAUGAGCAGGGUACUGCUGAGGUGAUUCGAGGGGAAAAGAAAGGUCCUAAGGACAGCGGCAACUUUGGUCUGAACAAGCGGACUACUUGGAGUGGGGAAGAAGAGGAUGCCGAGGGGGUCUCUGACGACGAGUAA